ACCGGUGGCAAUUACCGCGCCACGUGUUGAUGGCAAUGCUUCAGCCACUCCAGCGGGUGAGGGAUGGGGAGAGGAGACUUUCCAGCCUGGUCUUGCUGUGCGCAGCUACGGCCCUGCUGAGCACGUUUGGUGGCUCGAGCUUUGUGAAUGGUGCCCCUCGAGGAUGGGCUCCAGAAUGUGAGUCAAAAAUUGCAAUGGAAGCAAAAAAAAGGGAAACCUGGCCCAUCAAACAGCGACAGAAUGCUGAGUACUUGGCGCGCCAUCCGCGCCCUUCGAUGACAGAGAAGGAGCGCAAGAAGCGACUCUUGAAGAUCCAACUCUUCCGCCGUCAGGACUUGAUGCUUUGCGAGCAGUUCCUCUACAAUGAUCCUCGCGAUGCCAGAUGGCAAUGGGACGUCGACAAGACGCGACAGUUCUUGGAUGAGCAGGCGACGUUGGUAGAUGACGUGAAGAAGAAGAAACUCACGACCCGGGAAGACUUAGGCUUGCCUUUGCCACCCACCGACCUGAAACUGAGCGCCAUGGCGAAGAUCCAACGAAGCAGUGCGGCGCAAGCCUCGAAGGAGAAGGAAAAACAGGAGAAGGAGAAGGAAAAGGGCAAAAAGCAGUCAGGCCAGGUGCAAAAGGGAAAGCAAGGGGAGCCUGAUUUGACCAACGUCGAUCUGGACUUCAUGAAUUACAAGGGUCUGGUGAUGACAAGGAGGCAGAAGGCCCAGUUCGCACAACGGGCACAACGGGCAGCAAAGCAACAGAAGAAGAAGAGGUGAUUUUGACCUCGACACCGGAUACGAUUCGCGCCCAGCCUUUGCUGGCAAAGCCCUAACCUGGAGCAGAAAUCUGCGGGCUGUGAUUCGGCCACUUUUCAUGUUGAUUCUAGAUUCUGUUCAUUGAUUUCAUUGCUUUUUAUUGGAUUUGAUCAAGUCUUUGCUUUGUUGACCUGUGCUUUGAUCCGUUACGGGUUUCACUCUACGAGGCUUUCCCAGUAUCAAUUUUACGCGUUGUGUCCAGUCAUCAAAA